GCGGAGCGCAGCCUCGGCGCGACGUGGAAGGCUGGAGGCGGCGGCGAUGCACUAGGCCUCGCUCUGGGGCGGCUGCCCGGGACCCGCAGUUGAGUGGUGAUUUUAUGCAAUGGCUUCAAGCCACAGUUCUUCACCAGUGCCUCAAGGAAGCAGCAGUGAUGUUUUCUUUAAAAAAGAGGUGGAUCCAACAAAACACAUACGAACUGUGCAGUCACUGCCAGAUGUGUGUCCCAAGGAACCCACAGGUGAUACAAAUAGUUUAUGUGUUGCCCCAUCUCUAGUUACAGAUCAACAUAGAUGGACUAUAUAUCAUUCCAAAGUAAAUCUUCCAGCAGCGUUAAAUGAUCCUAGAUUAGCAAAAAGAGAAUCUGACUUCUUCACAAAAACAUGGGGAUUGGACUUUGUGGACACCGAAGUCAUACCUUCAUUCUACCUCCCUCAGAUCAGCAAGGAACAUUUUACAGCAUAUCAGCAGGAAAUCUCUCAGAGAGAGAAGAUUCAUGAGAGAUGCAAGAAUAUUUGUCCUCCUAAAGAUACCUUUGACAGGACUCUCUUACAUACUCAUGAUAAAUCCAGGACAGAUCUGGAGCAAGUACCUAAGAUUUUUAUGAAACCAGAUUUUGCCUUGGACGAUUCCUUAACUUUUAAUUCAGUUUUACCAUGGUCUCAUUUUAAUACUGCUGGUGGAAAAGGAAAUCGCGAUGCAGCUUCCUCCAAGUUGCUUCAAGAAAAGCUGAGCCAUUAUCUGGAUAUUGUGGAAGUAAACAUUGCUCACCAGAUCUCUCUACGUUCAGAAGCAUUUUUUCGUGCAAUGACCUCUCAACACGAAUUGCAGGACUACCUCAAGAAAACUUCCCAGGCUGUAAAAAUGCUUCGAGAGAAAAUUGCACAGAUUGAUAAAGUAAUGUGUGAAGGAUCACUACACAUUUUAAGACUGGCACUUACCAGAAAUAAUUGUGUCAAAGUGUACAAUAAACUGAAGUUAAUGGCCACGGUACACCAGACUCAGCCUACUGUACAGGUGUUGUUAUCUACUUCUGAAUUUGUUGGAGCGUUGGACUUAAUAGCAACAACACAAGAGGUUCUACAGCAGGAACUUCAGGGCAUUCACAGUUUCCGGCAUUUGGGAUCACAGCUUUGUGAAUUAGAAAAACUAAUAGAUAAAAUGAUGAUUGCAGAAUUUUCUACUUAUUCUCACAGUGACUUAAAUAGACCACUGGAAGAUGACUGUCAAAUUUUAGAAGAGGAAAGACUAGUAUCUCUUGUGUUUGGACUUUUAAAACAAAGAAAACUCAAUUUUUUAGAAAUCUACGGUGAAGAAAUGAUUAUUACAGCAAAGAAUAUCAUUAAACAGUGUGUGAUUAAUAAAGUUUCUCAAAUAGAAGAAAUAGAUACUGAUGUCGUUAUGAAGCUUGCAGAUCAGAUGAGAAUGUUGAAUUUUCCCCAGUGGUUUGAUUUGCUGAAGGAUAUUUUCUCUAAAUUUAUAAUUUUCCUACAGAGGGUUAAGGCAACAUUAAAUAUCAUUCAUAGUGUUGUUCUCUCAGUUCUUGACAAAAACCAAAGGACUAGAGAAUUGGAGGAGGAGAUUUCACAAGGGAAGAAUGCUGCAAAGGACAAUUCGUUGGACACAGAGGUGGCUUAUUUAAUCCACGAAGGCAUGUUUAUAAGUGAUGCAUUCACUGAGGGUGAAUUAACACCUACAGCAGUGGACGCUACCUCUCAAAGAAAUGCAUCUCCAAAUAGUGAGCCCUGCAGCAGUGAUUCGGUGUCUGAACCAGAAUGUACUACUGAUUCUUCAUCCAGCAAAGAGCAGACAUCAUCAUCUGUUACUCCAGGAGGUGUGGAUAUUAUGGUCAGUGAGGACAUGAAGUUAACUGACUUGGAGCUAGGAAAACUGGCAAAUAAUAUCCAGGAGUUAUUGUAUAGUGCCUCAGACAUAUGCCAUGAUCGAGCGGUCAAAUUUCUCAUGUCAAGAGCAAAGGAUGGUUUUCUUGAGAAGCUAAAUUCCACGGAGUUCAUAACACUUUCUAGAUUAAUGGAAACAUUCAUUUUAGACACUGAACAGAUCUGUGGAAGAAAAAGUAUGUCAUUACUUGGAGCACUUCAGAGCCAAGCUAAUAAAUUUGUAAAUAGGUUUCAUGAAGAGAGAAAAACCAAGCUCAGCCUCCUCUUAGACAAUGAACGCUGGAAGCAAGCUGAUGUCCCUGCAGAAUUUCAGGAUCUUGUUGAUUCUAUAUCAGGUGGAAAGAUUACUUUACCUGAAAAAAAAUCAGGGGCUACAGAAGAAAGGAGACCAGCUGAAGUUCUCAUUGUCGAGGGACAACAGUAUGCUGUUGUUGGAACUGUAUUGCUGUUAAUAAGAAUUAUCCUUGAAUAUUGCCAGUGUGUGGAUAACAUCCCAUCUGUUACUACUGACAUGCUUACUCGUCUGUCGGAUUUAUUGAAGUAUUUCAAUUCAAGAAGUUGCCAGUUAGUUCUUGGAGCUGGUGCCCUGCAAGUUGUUGGACUAAAAACAAUAACUACAAAAAAUUUGGCUCUUUCUUCACGCUGUUUGCAGUUAAUUGUGCACUACAUUCCUGUGAUCCGGGCUCAUUUUGAAGCUCGACUGCAGCCUAAGCAAUAUAACAUGCUUAGGCAUUUUGAUCAUAUCACUAAGGACUACCAUGACCACAUAGCUGAAAUAUCAGCUAAGCUCGUAGCGAUAAUGGACAGCUUAUUUGACAAGCUAUUAUCUAAGUAUGAGGUGAAAGCUCCUGUUCCUUCUGCCUGCUUCAGGAAUAUUUGUAAGCAAAUGGCAAAAAUGCAUGAAGCUAUAUUUGAUCUCCUUCCAGAAGAACAAACACAGAUGUUGUUUUUAAGAAUUAAUGCAAGUUACAAACUACACUUGAAAAAGCAGUUAUCUCACUUAAAUGUGAUCAAUGAUGGAGGACCUCAAAAUGGGUUGGUCACAGCAGAUGUAGCUUUUUACACUGGAAAUCUUCAAGCCUUGAAAGGCCUUAAAGAUUUGGACCUAAAUAUGGCCGAGAUCUGGGAACAGAAGAGGUGAUGACUGACAUAUUGGAAAACUGGGUAGUUCAUCCGACCAUGGGAUAUAUGUUUAUGAAGAAAAUCUGGAUGCCUGUGAUUCGAGAACUGAACCUGGAACCCAAAGUGAACUGGGGUAGGGGUAGGGGAAAGGAAGUAUCAGUGUUAGGAAACUGGAUUCAGUGGGAUCUACAGGGAAUGCCAUUUGUGUGCAUCCUGCAGUGAGGAGUAACUGAUCAGGUGUCUCUAACAUUUUUUCAUUCUCUCCGGAAACAGACUCAGGUUUCUUUGGACCAAAUCCAAAAGAACACAUAGCUGUAACACAGCUGUAGUUGACUAGAAUGCUCUGUAUACUUUAUAUUAAAAAAAAUGCUUUGCAUUUCUUCCAGUGCAAUGAAAUUCAUAUGGUGUCCCACCUUAUUUAAUGAUGGUACAAUUUCAAAUAUUAAAAUCUUAGUCAACCUCUGUAGAAAGUUUUCUCUAUGAAAGUAAAGCUGUUUGAAAAAUUAUUUUUUUACAGAUCUUUCUAUAAAAAAUAAACAUCUUUUGAUUGCUU